AUGGUCACCCUGCACAGGUUAGCAGGCCGCUCGGCGAAGCGGCUGUGUCUGAGGCCAACCUGCUCCCUCCCCAUCCGACCGACCACGUCGCCCCUCCGCCGAUAUGCCCAACCACAAAACCCAGGGGGCACCGUCCUGAUCCCCGUCGACGAGACCUUCUCGCCGGCCGGAGACCCAUAUCGCAUGCAGCAGCUGCAGGGCCAGGAGGGAACCACAGAGGCAUCGCGCAAGGGCUCCAUAGAAAGCCGAAAGGUGCGGCACUACACGGUCAACUUUGGCCCUCAGCAUCCUGCCGCCCACGGCGUGCUACGUCUUAUCCUGGAGCUCAACGGCGAGGAGAUUGUGCGCGCCGACCCCCACGUCGGUCUGCUGCACCGCGGCACCGAGAAGCUCUGCGAGUACAAGACGUACCUGCAGGCCCUCCCCUAUUUCGAUCGCCUCGACUACGUCUCCAUGAUGACCAACGAGCAGUGCUUUGCGCUGGCUGUCGAGAAGCUCCUGAACGUCGAGAUUCCCGACCGCGCCAAGUGGAUCCGGACCUUGUUUGGAGAGAUCACCCGCGUGCUGAACCACCUCAUGUCGGUCCUGUCGCACGCUAUGGAUGUUGGUGCUCUGACGCCUUUCCUGUGGGGUUUCGAGGAACGAGAGAAGCUUAUGGAAUUUUAUGAACGUGUUUCUGGUGCCCGUCUGCACGCUGCCUACGUCCGUCCUGGUGGCGUUCACCAAGAUAUUCCCGUUGGUCUCCUCGACGAUAUCUACCAGUGGGCGACCCAGUUCGGUGACAGAAUUGACGAGACCGAAGAAAUGCUUACGGACAACCGUAUCUGGAUUGAUCGUCUCCGCGGUAUCGGAGUUGUCUCUGCCGCUGACGCCCUCAACCUUUCCUUCACCGGCGUCAUGCUCCGCGGCUCCGGUGUGCCAUGGGACGUCCGCAAGUCCUCUCCCUACGAUGCGUACGACCAGGUUGAUUUCGAUGUGCCCGUUGGUGUCAAUGGCGACUGCUACGACCGAUAUCUCUGCCGCAUGGAAGAGUUCCGCCAGUCCCUGCGCAUCAUUCACCAGUGUCUGAACAAGAUGCCUGCUGGUCCCGUCCGUGUCGAGGACUACAAGAUCUCGCCACCACCCCGCGCCGCUAUGAAGGAGAACAUGGAGGCUCUGAUCCACCACUUCUUGCUGUACACCAAAGGAUAUGCUGUACCUCCAGGCGAUACCUACUCGGCGAUUGAGGCACCAAAGGGCGAGAUGGGAGUGUACGUGGUCAGUGAUGGUAGCGAGCGACCUUAUCGUGUGCACAUUCGUGCGCCUGGCUUUGCUCACCUGGGUGGUUUUGAUGCUGUGUCCAAGGGUCACUUGCUAGCUGAUGCAGUGGCCAUCAUCGGUACCAUGGAUCUGGUGUUUGGUAAGUCUUCCCUUCCAGAUAAGCAUCCUCCUCGAUGGACAGAUUUGCUAACUCCCCUUUUAGGUGAGGUUGACAGGUAG